UAAGACCAAAUCACUCCCUCUCCAGUCAGCCUGUGCAGUUCCAUAGCAUAUGCUCUGGUCCAAGCAUGCUAGAAAUGCCAGUCUUUUCCACUGGCCUUCCAGGGUUGGCUGUUGAAAAGCUUCCCCACAGCAUGAUGCUGCCACCACCAUGCUUCACAGUGGAGAUGGUGUGUUUGUGCAUGUCAGGAGAUUGGCCCAUCAUGAGGCUUUCAUCACAUCCUCCACCACUCUCUCCCAACACUUCCCAGUUCCCAGCUCUCUCAGACUGGGAGGCUCCCAGCUUCACCCGGGCUGCUCAGUUCCGUGUUGGUGCCACCUUCAUCCUUUUCCUGUUUGCAGCCUGCAGCAACCUCGCCUUAUUGGUCAGUCUGUGGUGUGGGCGUGGCCGUCGUCUGGCAUCUCACCUGCGUCCGCUGAUGCUGAGCUUGGCGUCAGCCGACCUGAUGAUGACGUUCGUGGUGAUGCCUCUGGACGCCGUCUGGAACGUGACAGUGCAGUGGUACGGAGGAGAUGUGCUCUGUAAGCUGCUCUGCUUCCUGAAGCUGUUUGCCAUGCACGCUGCCGCCUUCAUCCUCGUGGUCAUCAGCCUCGACCGGCAGCACGCCAUCCUGCACCCGCUCGAUGCUCUGAGUGCGCACCACAGGAACCGCCGGAUGCUGCUGAUGGCCUGGAGCCUCAGCGUUCUACUCGCAUCACCACAGCUCUUUCUCUUCCGAGCAAUCCGAUUGGACGGCGUUGACUUCACUCAGUGUGCGACUCAUGGCAGCUUCAGCCGCCGCUGGCAGGAAACUCUGUUCAACAUGUUCUACUUCACCACGCUGUACAUCGUCCCCCUGCUGGUCAUGAGCUGCUGCUACAGCCGCAUCCUGCUGCACAUCCACCUGCAACACCUGAGGGACAGAGCAGGUGAGUCAUACCUGAGGCGCAGCGGCACUGACAUCAUCCCGAAGGCUCGGAUGAAGACGCUGAAGAUGACCGUGGUCAUCGUGCUGACCUUCGUGCUCUGCUGGACGCCUUACUACCUUCUAGGGAUCUGGUACUGGUUCCAGCCCGCCAUGCUACGGGUCACGCCUGAGUACGUCCACCACGCCCUCUUCCUGUUCGGAAACCUGAACACGUGCUGCGACCCCGUCAUCUAUGGCUUCUACACGCCGUCCUUCAGGGCCGACCUCGCCGCCUGCUGCCACCGUAGGACAGACACGACAUCAUGCUCUCCGGACCUUCUGUCCGCCAGGCCUUACAGCAGGGGGUCAGACCCGCCCACCAACCAGCAGCCUGCUGCAGACUGA